UAUUUCAAACCCAGCCUGUCUCCUCCGUAUACUCCCCCGCGGAAGGAAUAACAGCGCACUCCUUCACUCCUCUUUCUCCUCACGCAAACUGAACUCCUCCAUUCCAUCUCCUUCAGCCGUUCGACGGAAAGAUUUCUCAGGCAAAGCUCACUCGCCGACCACGGUCUCAACCGAAAGGCUCCUCCUUCUCAAUCUCGUUCCGGCAAGCCACCGAAUACCCAGGCGGGUGAGACAUUUCGUAUUUGUAGUUUUGGUGGAGGGUCUGGACAUGGUAGUGGUUUUGGUGUAGGUGUUGGCGGAAUUGGAGGAGGAGGUGGUGGUGGCGGCAGCAUAUGCAUAUCCAAGUUGUUCAACUGCACAGAUUUCUUUGUCAUUGGGCUUAAAUAAUCAAGUCCAAUGAGUGUGUCUUCAACAGGAUGCCUUGUGAGUUCUGAGUUUGCGUCCUGGAGUGUGCAGUUCCACCCCCAACGAAAUGCUAUUCGGCUGAAGAAGUAGAAAGGAGAAGAAAUACGACCAGAACAGAAAUGCUACAGAAAGAAGAGGAAAUACGACCAGAACAGAAAUGCUACAGAAAGAAGAAGAAAUGCGACCAGAACAGAAAUACUAUUCGGUUGAAGAAGAAGAAAGAAGAAGAACAACCAGACCAGACAAAUUUCGCUACUUGCGAACUUCUGUUAAAAAAUCCCCGUUUUCUAGAGAGGCUUUCGGCUGUGUGGUGGCUUAUAGAAUGAUUAAGAGUUUGGUCCUUCCUUCGAAAGCAUUGAAGUUCCCGGUGGGAAAGAUUGAAGGGCCUAGGCAAUUAAGGUGCAAAGGACCUAAGAUGGAGCUUACUCUAACACAACCUGAUGAUUGGCAUCUUCACCUCCGUGAUGGGGACAUGCUUGAAGCUGUUGUCUGUCACAGUGCAAGUCAUUUUGGAAGGGCGAUAGUGAUGCCGAAUCUGAAGCCCCCCAUUACAACCACAGCCGCUGCUGUGACAUAUCGAGAAUCGAUCUUGAAAGCUCUGCCUGCCAAUAUUAACUUCACUCCUCUUAUGACACUUUAUUUGACAGAUACGACAAGCCCAGAAGAGAUCAAGUUUGCAAGAAGAAGUGGGGUUGUAUUUGCUGUGAAGUUGUAUCCUGCUGGUGCUACAACUAAUUCUCAAGAUGGGGUUACGGAUCUUUUUGGGAAAUGUCUACCCGUCCUUGAGGAGAUGGCUGAACAAAAUAUGCCUUUGUUGGUUCAUGGGGAAGUUACAAACCCUGAUGUUGACGUGUUUGAUCGAGAGAAAGUCUUCAUUGAAACUGUUCUACAACCUUUAGUUCAGAGACUUCCACAGCUGAGGGUAGUGAUGGAACAUAUCACAACAAUGGAUGCUGUUAGGUUUGUUGAGUCCUGCAAAGAAGGAUCUGUAGCCGCCACUGUUACUCCACAGCAUCUUCUUCUCAAUCGAAAUUCUCUCUUUCAAGGAGGAUUGCAGCCUCAUAAUUACUGCCUUCCAGUACUCAAAAGAGAGAUCCACAGACAGGCUAUUGUUGCAGCUGUGACCAGUGGAAGUAAAAGAUUUUUCCUUGGAACUGAUAGUGCUCCACAUGAGAGACGAAGAAAAGAAUGUUCUUGUGGAUGUGCUGGUAUAUACAACGCCCCUGUUGCCCUAUCACUAUAUGCCAAAGUCUUUGAUGAGGCAGGUGCACUCGACAAGCUAGAGGCAUUUACAAGCUUCAAUGGACCAGACUUCUAUGGGCUUCCAAGAAACACAUCAAAAAUAAAAAUGAUCAGGACUCCAUGGAAGGUACCAGAGUCUUUCUCCUUUUCAUUUGGAGAUAUCAUUCCGAUGUUUGCGGGCGAAACACUUGAAUGGCAGCCGUCCUUGAUUUGAUUCAAAUUUUGUCUUGCUAUGUUGAAUAGAUUGGUGUCAUGGAAUUCUGUACUUAUGUCAAUUUUCCACAUUAAAACUAGAAGCAGACUGAUUUUGGUAAUCUUUGAAGCUAUAGUGUGAGAUGCUUUUUCUAUAUA